UAAUGCUGACUGCCGAUUGCCGGCUUGAAAAUUACAGACUUGAAUACUCAGUAGAGAAACGAUCGGCCUGUAAGAGUUGUGAUAUUGUUUUCAUUCCUGGUGAAAGUCCUGAGAGAUGGGAAAAUGCUUCCUGCCGAGGUCAUAUCCUCUUCUCUCUCUUGGUGUUAUUGACUAAAACGCCAGCAGCUGGUCAUCCACCGAUCUGCCUCUUUGUAACUCUUAAAACUUGAUGAACAAUGAAAACUUGCAGAUCACCGGUCAUACUGCUGAAGUUAAUUUGCAUCACCUUACUCCCAGUUCUUGAGGCCCAAGAAGUCAAAGUAUUGCCUGAAGUGACGGUAUACCUCGGGCGUGAUGUCACCCUGCCAUGCCAAUUCAUCCCAGCACCACAAGGCGCCAAUGUUACUCAGGUUCAGUGGGAUCUCAUAUCACCAGAAGGAGAGGAAAUCCUCAUUUUUGUUUUUAAUGUUAAAGAUGGACUUUAUGUUAAUGAAUCGUUUAAGGACAGAGUGGAUAUUGCAGAACAAUCUCUGAUCAUUAGAGGUGUGGAAAUGAGAGAUGCAGGCCCGUACACCUGCAGCAUUGCAUCCUUUCCCAGCGGUUCAUUCAAAGGAACCACCAACCUUGUUGUUCAGGAACAGAUGCAGUUAUCUUCAGCUGUGGUUUCUGCUAUAGUGAUUGCUGUCCUGUUGCCGUUAGUGAGCAUGGCAGCCAUAGUUUACCUCAUCUUUAUCAGAAGGCACCGCGUCUACAUUGAUACACAUGGACCAGUGAUGGAUGUGGUCAGGACAUCUGUGAUUUUAAUAGACGAGGGUGUGGUCUACUCUGACGUCAAGCUUAAACCAUUCAGAGAUGCUACACCUCCAUCCAAUGAGAAACACACAGUGGAUGAUGUCACAUACUCCGAAGUCGUAGUUGGUCGUAGUCACCAAAUGAGAUGAAAUGUACUAUUUUGGUACUAUUUAUAUCAGCACAUCCUGACAGCGGUCAAUACAACCUAACCUUAAUGGCUACUCCACGCCUUCUAUUCAUCCUCUCAUAUAUGGUUUUUCCAUGGUCCCGUGUUUCCACAGCAACCUCACAACAGGUGAUGCAGUAUAAAAGCAAAUGUAACAUGUUUAUCAUUAAGUUAGCAAUGCUUUAAUUAGUGGUGGUAUUCUUAAAGAUAAAUAAUAGAUAUUUUGCUGAUUUAUAUGCAGCUCUGUGUCAUGGCAGUGUGAGCAGUUGAAUGGCGUGUGGCUUCCCUCUGUGGCCGCAGCGCACGGAACUCCCAGCUGAGCAGAGCAGCAGCGGUCUGCCGAAAUCCCCUAGUGGUCCGCUGAGAUCCACAGUGCAAUGGUACCAUGAAGGGAAGCCAAGCACCAUUCAUCUAAACACACUGCCCACACAAAGAUGACACAGAGCGGUUAUCAAAUCGGCAAAGUAUCCCAGCGUCUCUGUGGGGUUGUUCUUGAGCUAAAUGGUCAAACCAGCAUACCAUGCAAACAUGCUCACAAUGACAAUGCUAGCAUGUUGAGGUUCAGCAGGUAUAAUGUUUACCACCACAAACGUUUGGUGCCACUUGGUUUUAAAUAUUGAAGACAGGAAUGGUACAAACCAGCACAGCUCCAACAUGUCAUCAAGGUUAACCACUUAUUUUACCUUGCCAUAUUGUACAAUGGAAAAACACUUGCAGUGUGCCAACAUGGCUCGAGUCGUCACGGUGGAUCUCAUCACACAAAGUUCCUAUUCCUCCUUUGCUGACCAUCAAAAGAGGAAGACAAAAAAGGAACCAACUCCCCAUUUAAAUUUUUUUAGGUUCAACUAAAUUGGACGUCAAGAUGUUUGGAGACUAUGAUGUGUAGCUCUUGCUUGCACAACGUGAGCCUUUGUUAGGGAUAAAAGGUUAAAUUUCUUACUUGAGCUUUCCUGAUCCAAAAAAAAUACAGACACUGGUAAUAGUUGCUGUAGUACUUUAGCCUAUAGUAUUCUGUCUGCUCUGGGUAUGAAUGUCAGAAUUGUUCACAGGUGUUGCAGUCUGAGUGUGCCUUAUGUAACAAGGUGACAAAAUGUGGUUUGCAAAGUUAUUGCAAUGAUGCACACACCAUCACUGAACAUUACCAACAGUCAUAAUCUGUUAGCCGCAGGUUUUCAGAAGCAUUUCCUGACAGUUUCAUUUUGUGGGUGUGAGAUUGUUUGCUUUUAUCAUAGAUAUAAAACAAUGGCUUUUUAUACACUCACUUUGUGUCAUCGGAACAUAUUCUGUUGUGUAAAAAUAUUAAUUUAACUUUACGUUUUUUUUCUCCAUUUAGUUUAUAUUGAAAAUCAGUGCUUGUAACUUUGAUUACAAUCAAUGAAAUGCAUUUGAGAUAUUUCAGACAUGUUACUUGUUUAUCAAAUAAUGCAGAUAAACUGAGGACAGAAGCAGCAGAGCAUGGUUCUCUAAAUUGUCUCUACAUUUGCAUAUCUUUUAUUGUUAUAAUAAAGUUUUACAUUUUACCAGA